AAUAUAUAGUUCUUGCUGAAAUGAUCGUGCACCAUAUUUGGGCUGUAGUUUCUAUUAUAGCGGCCACAGUUACGCGCGCAAGUGAACAUAUCACUGAAUAUGCUUCAUUCGACGAGUUUAAGAAUGCCGUCAAUAGGAGUUAUAUGCACGCAUUCGACGAGUUCCGGAGCAGAGAGGCCUUCGAACAAAACGCCAACGUUGUGAGGCAGCAUAACAAACUGUUUGAAAAAGGCGAGAGCAGUUAUCGUUUACGUACUAAUAUAAUGGCCGACAUGAACAACGAUUAUUAUCUUAAGGGGUUUCUACGUUUGUUGAAAAGCAAACGCUUUGGAGCCGGAGUCGAUUUAGACUCGGAGAUUGUGGGCUCUCCGCUGAUGCAGCUAACGCCUGAGGCUAUAGAUUGGCGUACCAAAGGCUUCAACACCCAACCGGAUAAUCAAAAAACCUGUGGCUCUUGUUACGCCUUCAGCAUAGCCGAGAGCAUUGAGGGACAAGUAUUUAAACGGACGAGACGGGUAUUACACCUCAGCCCCCAGCAGAUUGUCGAUUGUAGUGUUUCGCAUGGUAACCAGGGUUGUACUGGUGGAUCUCUACGGAACACGCUGAAAUAUCUACAGGAAACCGGGGGCAUUAUGCGUGAACAGGAUUACAGAUAUGUUUCGAAGAAAGGUGUAUGCCAAUUUGCCCCAGAGCUUGCUGUGGUAAAUGUGACAUCAUGGGCAAUACUACCAGCAAAGGAUGAGAAGGCAAUUGAAGCGGCAGUGGCGCACAUUGGACCAGUACCCGUUUCUAUAAAUGCAACUCCACGGACUUUUCAGCUUUAUAGCGAUGGCAUUUACGACGACGACUCUUGCUCAUCAGACACGGUUAACCAUGCUAUGCUAGUCGUGGGCUACACAAAAGAUUAUUGGAUUCUAAAAAAUUGGUGGGGAGAAAUGUGGGGAGAAGAUGGAUAUAUGCGUUUGCGCAAAGGGAAAAACUUGUGUGGAAUUGCCAACUAUGCAGCUUAUUCCAUUAUCUAGUAUUUUUGAAAUUUUAU